AUGUACACCGCGGCCUCAGUCAUCUUCAAGACCCUCGCCGAGGCCGGCGUAACGCACGCGUUCGUCAAUUGGGGCAAUGACCACCCGGCGUUCCUGGAGGAGCUUGAGCGUGAGCGUCAACAAGAGGGUGGCACUCGUCUCGCGAUUGUGGCGUGCCCGCACGAGAUGGUCGCGCUGAGCGCCGCGCAGGGCUACGCUCAGGUCACCGGCCGUCCGGCCGCGGUGAUCGUCCACGUCGAUGUUGGCACGCAAGGCCUGGCCAGCGCGGUACACAACGUCGACCGCGGCCGCACUCCAGUGUUCAUCUUCGCGGGGGCCGCGCCCCAAUCGUCGGACGCGCGACUGAAGGGCACCAAGAAUGAAUGGCCGAUGUGGCUGCAAGAUGUCCCGGACCAGCCAUCGAUCGUCCGCCAAUACAUGCGCUUCACUUCCCAGAUCCAGAGCGCGAAGAAUGCAGGCCCGAUGAUCAUGCGAGCGCUGCAGAUUGCGUCAAGUGAGCCGAAAGGCCCGGUCUAUCUCUGGGCGCGGCGUGAGACGACCGAAGACGAGGUGGACGGGUCGCAGUUUCAGGAAACUCUGGACGUGAACAAGUGGCCUCCCGCACAUUCAGGAGCACUCCCUGACACAGCUCUGUCCACCAUCGUAGAAGCUUUGACGACUGCUCAGUUCCCACUCAUUAUCACCGCCAACAGCGGACGUAACCCCAAGACCGUCCCUCUUCUCUCCGAACUCUCAACGAUUCUCGCGAUCGGUGUCUACACCUCUUGCCCGACCUCUGUCUGCGUCCCCUGGACACAUGAGAACUACAUCGGAAUGUCCUUUGGAGGCAAGAACGAAAUGCUCGACCAUGCCGAUGUAAUCAUCCUCCUUGACGUCGACAUCCCGUGGAUUGACACGCACGGCAACAAGUCCCGCGACGACGCCCGUGUCUUCAUCAUCGACCCUGACCCACUCAAGACCACGAUGGCGUGGUCCCACGUGGACGCCGACCUGCUGUGUCGCGCCGACACCGAAGCCGCGCUCUCCCAACUCGUCCGCGCGGUCGACACCUCCUCCCUCCGUGCCACCACCGCACCCCUGCUAUCCGCGCGUCAAGAGCGCCUUCGCGCCCUGCGCGCCAAGUGGACCGACAGCCUCGCCCGCACGCCCUCGUUUGUGGGCGAGACGAUGACAGCCGCGCACGUGCUCGGGACGCUGCGCGCGGCCAUAGAGGCGCAGACGCCGUCGCGCGGCGAGCGCGUGCUGUGGGUCAACGAGGCGACGAGCAACCUCCCGAACGUGUGGGCGUACCUGCGCCCGGGGCAGCCGGGCGGGAUGGUCGGCUCGGGCGCGUCGGGGCUUGGGUACGCGCUGGGCGCGAGCAUCGGCGCGGUCAUUGGAGGUGCGGUCGCCCAGCGCGGGCUCGACAUGGUCGGGUGCAUCGUAGGGGAUGGCACGUUCCUCUUCGGGGUGCCUGCGACGGCGUACUGGCUCGCGAAGCGGCAAGGCACGCCCUUCCUCACCAUUAUUCUCAACAACGGCGGCUGGGCGUCUCCGAGGCUUUCGAUGCUCGGGGUGUAUCCCCAGGGCCACGGCAGCAAGGCAACGAUGGACGAGCUCUCCGUGGGUUUUGGGCCCGACAUGCCGGACUUUGCGCAAGUCGCUGUCGCGGCCGGGGGCGCCUGGGGUAAGCGCAUCUCUAAGGCGGACGAACUGCAGGCCACGCUCGAGGAGGCCAUCAGGGUUGUGUUGCACGAGAAGCGGUGCGCGGUUGUGGAUUGCAUCGUUGCGAACGUUGUGUGA